AUGGCGGAGUCUGAGGUGCCCGGGCCGCCCGCGGCGGACGCGCCUUCCACGAGCGGCGUCCGCGAAGUUGUGGCGGGGGCCGGCGGCGAUGAGGCGCUCUCCUCGACGGUGCCCGCCGGACGGCGAGAAGCAUCCGGUGAGCUGUUUUUGGAUCAAGCCGGUCGCGGAAGGGCCGAUGGGAUCGAGGGGGGCGGCGCCGGGGGGCCCCUCUCUGGCGGCGCGGAUGCGUUGGCUGGGAGCCCUGACGGUUGUGGUGCUGUUGGGGCUGAAGAGGGUGUGAUUGUGGCUGGCCGGUCGAAUGGCGACAAAGGUGGUGCUGAGGAUGAGAACGUGGUCUCCGCCCCUGCUCACUCCGAACGGAAAAGUGGCGACUCGAAAGAGCCAAUUCUGUUUGAAGGCCACUCGAAGGAAACUGAGUCUGGUGGGGUUGGGGAAUCGGGAUUGGGAGCUAGUGUUGACAAUGUACCCGGAGCGACAGAUGCUCCGGGCAACAGGAUGGCGCCAAAGGGCGAUGGCGGCCUCGAUGAGCAAGCCGCCGGAUGCAGCGAGGUUGAAGGCGGUGCUGCCGACGGCAGGACGGGGUGGGGGGUGAAUGGCUUUGGGAGGCCUGCAGUGGCGCAGGGAGGCAGCGGGGACAGUCCUUUAAAGGGGCUGCAAUCCGAUGGGCCUGCCUGUCCUGAGGGCAAGCAGCGGACUGGCAGCGGGCAGAAAGAGGGGUGGCAGGAGUCUUCUUGCGCCGCUGAAGAGGGAGCUGAUGCGCUCGCGAGCGCUGCUCGUGGUUCUGUCGAUUCGACGGUGGCAGUCGUGCAGUGGGCCUCACCUGAAGAGCACAGUGAUGUGGAUGAAAUCCGAGAGUCGGAUCGUGCCGAGGAGGGCCUAAAGGAAAAUGGCUUCCAUGGGGGUGAUUUGGGUACCGACCCUUGUGCCAAAACUGCAGCAACAGCUGGUCCUGCAGCACAACAAGAUGGGGAUCUGGCUAGUGCUGCAUCCAAAAGUCGUGGUGGUGCUGUGUGCAAGGACGAUCUGUCCUUGUCAGAGGGGCAGGCUUGCAAAAAUGAAGAAAUUGGUGGCCAAGUGCCUGAGCCGGAUGGCCAUCAAGGUGAGGAGGAAUCGAGCAGUGGGGCAGCAGUGGACGGAUGUUUGAAAGACCUUGGUGGGCAGAAGAAAAGCACAGGGGUUGGCAAAACAAAGGAAAGCAUUCAAAGCAUUGAAGACAAUCACCCAAUGCACGUUGGAACGCGAGGGAAGGCCACUGCGAGCGUUCCUGAAGGCACUGGUUUCGGAGCAUUUGUUGAAGGCGGCCAAGGGGAUUUCGAUGACUUUAAUGGUGUUCAAUGCGAUGCUGAUGAGACGGGAGGAAGUACUCCUGUUCAAGGAGAGAAUGAGGUGGACGAUAAAGACCGACAUGUUCCCCAACACAUUGAGGGCAGUAGUGACACCCAAACAAGGCCUGUGCCCUUCUCUUCUGCUGAUCAGGCCUCUGUUGCAUCAAUACACCCUGAUGACCAGGCAACAGUUGAUGUUGGGUGUGGUGAUGGGGAUCGCCAAUCUCGAGAUUGUGCCGAGCCGGCUACUGCUGUCGCUGUGCCAUCAGACACACGUGUGCCUCUUGCAGAUGAUUCCAUGGCAGGCCACGUUGAAGACAGCAAGUUCAAUGUGUUGGAGGGCAAUGUUGACGAAUUUGGUGAUUUCAGUGCUGGCAAAGACAAUGCAGGAAAGGCUAUCAAUUCCCAGGCCAGUCAUGCUGAACGGAAGGGCAGCAUAGGGGAGGAUGGAGUGAAGAAAGCGGCUUCUGGCAUUGAUGGCCUUGGCAUUAAUCAAGGCAAUGCUGUCCCAGACUCUGAUGCCCGUGCCCCUUCAGAACCCACGAAAGGUGAUGUUCGGAAGCCUGCUGAACCUGCUGAUUCCAAUGUGGGCGAUUGCAGCACAUCAGAAAUUGUGGAUGCUGUAACUCCCGCCGACACACCAUCUGAAAGACCGAUUGUUUUGCAAGGGGAAGAUUCUGGAGGGGCCAACGAAUCAAGCUCCAAAUUUCGAGAAUUUGACGAUGAAGAAUUCGGUGAAUUCAGUGGCACUCUAGAUGGCACAGGUGAUGCUGUUGAUUCAUGGGCUGGCCCUGCUGGAUGGACGGGAAGCACAGCAAAGGGUGGAAAAGAGGGGCCAGGUACUGACACUGAUAGCAGUCAAAAGGGAGCUGAGUCAACUUCUGUUGGGCAGGCCCCUGUGGGACCCACCACUGACAGUGUUGAACAACCUGUUUAUGCCCUUGACUCUGGUGGAGGCAAUUGCAGCGUUUCAGGCAAUGCUCGCGCUGAGACUAAUGCUGCUGCAUCAGCUAAAAAACCAAAGGCUUUGCAAGGGGAAGCUUCAGGAGCAGACAAUGACACAGGUUCUGACUUUGGGGAAUUCGUUGAAGGCAGUGAAGACGAAUUUGGCGAAUUUGGUGGAUUUCAAGAUGGCACAGAGGAUGCUGCUGAUUUUGGGAAUUCCCAAGAACCAAACAGUGCUCAAGAAGUUCAGGGUGAGCAAGGAGACGAUGAGUUUGGAGAUUUUGAGGAUUCCACUGAGUUGCCAACGUCUGCCAGAGAGAAGUGUGCAGGAGAUGUGCAGGGCAGCUCAUCUGAUGCGGCUAGAGAUCUCACUGCCCUUCAUGGUGAAGAAUUCCUGUCUGAAGUCUCCAAGCUCUUCCUGUGUUUGAAGAGGGAUGGCUCAGAAGAAAGUUCUGUACAUGGCGAAAUGGAUAAAGGCACUGCUUUGCUCGAUGCUUUGAGGUUUCGCCAUGUGGGCCCGCCAGUGGGUGUGGUGGGCUCCUUUGGCCUCUUGUCAUUGGCCCAGCCUCCUCUUGGUGCCCUCAGGAAUGCUGGCCCACCUGUGCUGCUUACAGCCAAGGUGUCAAGGGCAGAGGGCCGCCUCUUCACACAUAUGGGGUUGCCUGAACCGGUGAUUGAGACAAACAAGGGCCAAGUCCAAAUGGAUGUUGGCGAACUUGCUGCCUUCACGCAGAAUGAGAACAAGGUUGUCUCAACUCCAGGCGGUGGCAUGGACGCAAUCCUGGAUUUCGACUUUCUUGUACAAGCUUCAGGUGGGAGCAACAUUUCAAAAUCGAAUCUUUCCAUUGCUGAUUCCACCCAUUCAGUUGAGCCAUCGUCCUCAUCCUUCACACACGAAACCAGCAGCGGGACUGCAACAGCCAAUGCCGAUUGUGGCAGGAAUCCCUCUGGCGACUCACAGGCCGGCCUGUCCCCUGCUAAUGCCAUCAGUGGCGUCAGUGCCAUCAGUGACGGUUCGUCAACUGCGGGGACCACCGCGCGGGUCGAUGAUCCCUUUGCCAACAUUCCAGCCUUGGCAUUGCCCACACCUGCAAAAGCGGGCCUUGGGGAAAUGACUGAUCCAUUUUGCCAGGUGCCUGCCCUAGAACUGCCCAACUCUGGGAGACAGGAGCCUCCAGCUGUGACUCCCUCCACUGGUGUGGGGACCGGCUUGGACUUAUGGUAUUCUGAGACUCCUGAAGUGGCGAAUCCUGCGUGUAAGGCCCAUGCGGGUGGUGACCUGCUGUCUUUUGAGGAUGGAGGCUUCGAGUCAGCAAUGUUCAGCGAUGGAAGCAAAGGCCCUCCAGAGGUUGGCUUUGGGGAAACUGUGAAGACUGAUUUGGAUGAGCAGCCAUCUGAGGCGUCCCAUAGAGGCCUGAUCAGCAGACCAUCUCCCAAUGCUGAACCAGGGGAUAAGGGAUCUAGUGAUGAAGUCAGUGGCUCGAUUUUCUGGCAAGGCGCGGCUGCAAGUGCAGUUCAGGGUAAGGACAGCGUGCCUGAUGGAUUGGAGAAAGCCAGUCUCUCUGCAGAUCCUUGGUCACCUCAGAGGGAGCAGGAUUCUGCAGUGGAGACAACGAGGGGCGAAUUUGAGUCAGAGGCUCGUUGCCCAGCAGUAGGACUGCACCCUGGGGACUCGAGCUCAGAACUUCCAAGUACCAGGGGCGGGGACCAUUUGGAUGACUUUUCGUCUGGCCCACCAUCCAAAGGCAUAGAUGUUGCCGGAUCGGCGAGAACCCCCUGGCGUCGGGAGCCUGCUCUUGUGGGCCACAGGGUGGUGUCCAGCGACACUGACCUGGUUUGGCAGGAGGCCCAACUUGACGAAGGAAAUGGGCAGCAGCCGCCCGACAGCGAUUUCUACCAAUCUGCAGAACCAAUGGGCCAGAGUAGAUUUGCUAAUGCACAAGCUGGGGUUUCUGGACUUGGAGCAAUGGAUGUCUGGGGCACAGGUGCGAAUGAAGGCAGCACGGUGAGUGCGGGGCAGGGGCCGGUCGUGGAGACUUUGCAGCAGCCUGUGGCCAAGGAGCCGGUGCAGGCGUCGGCAUUCACCUCCACUGACGACUGGGGCGAUUUUAAAGGGAACGACGAUCACGCAGGCGAGACGCCUUUCGUGCUGGAUGUGGCUGCUGUUGGCGGACCGAACCCGUUCCAAGCGGAGUCCGUGUCUGCGCCAGUGUCACUGCCUGGCAGUGGCUUGAAUGCUGCACAGCUGGUUUUGCCUGAGAGACCGCCGCAAUCGGCCCUGGUCCAACUGGGACUCCCCAAGGCGCCUCGCCAUGGACAUGGAGGCAGCAGCGAGCCUGCUGCUGGCCAAGGCGGAGGGCUGGACUUUGAUUGGGGCAGCUUCCAGCUCCCUGCAGCAGAGCCCACGGCGGCUGUGCAACCGCACCUUCAAUUCCCAGAAUUGAUGGCAGGUGGUCACGGCAAUGCGUCGAUGCGCCCCCCGGCCCUUGCAACAGGAUCUGUCCUGGAUCUGUCCCUUUCGCCGCAGGCGUCGGAGCUUGCUCGUUUGACAGGAGUGGUAUCUGCCACCACGGGACCCGAAGUCCAGGCAGCCGUGCAAGGGGGUGUGGACGCAACCAAGGUUGCGCAGCCUGUGCCUGUGGAGGACGAUGAUUGGGGCGAAUUCCAGUCUGAACCCACUGCCGAUCCCUUUGGAUUUCUCAACCCGAUCAAGUGA